AUGUUGAUGCCAAAGGAAGAUAGAACUCUGAUCCACAGAUACUUGUUUCAAGAAGGUGUUGUCGUCGCAAAGAAGGACUUCAACCAGCCAAAGCAUGAAGAAAUUGACACCAAGAACUUGUACGUCAUCAAGGCUCUACAGUCCUUGACCUCCAAGGGUUACGUCAAGACUCAGUUCUCUUGGCAAUACUACUACUACACCUUGACCGAGGAAGGUGUGGAAUACUUGAGAGACUACUUGCACUUGCCUGAACACAUCGUCCCAGGUACCUACAUCCAAGACAGAUCUCAAAACCAAAGACCUCAAAGAAGAUACUAG